AUGUCGGAAACUGAAAGCAAACCAGAAGAAGUGAAGGAGGCCAUUGUGGCUGCGGAGACCGAGGCCCCUGAACAGUCGAAUGUGGAAAAGCCAAGAGAAGAGCACCGCAUUGAGGAAAAGAAGGAAAGUCCAGCGGGAACGGAAAUUGCGGAAGAGGAUCUGGAAGUGGCUUCGGAAGAUACAAAGGCUGCUAUGGGCGAACCAAAGAAACGGAAGCUGGUGGGCUUUGCGCCUGAGCCAGAGGAAGACCUCGAGGAGCAUCACCAGUACCUUGAUGAUCGGAGGAAAGAUAGGGAGAAGAGUAACCCCUUCUCGAAGAUUCCUCCAGAGUUGGCAUAUUUGGAGUCGAAACCUGAAGGACCAAAGCCUUUGCCUACGCUCCAGAAUGUGUUUGAGCCUAAGGUCAAGGCGAAACCUUUUAAAGACAUGAGAGACAGAAGGUGUGUUGCAGUGAAGGACAUUUCUGUUGUGAACAAGCAGACGGAGCUCAAUUUCAAUUAUUGGGAAACACCAAACCCUUGCAGUUCGGAUUCGGUCAUUGUGGAUAUAAAAUACGUAUCCCUCGCUUCGUACGAUAUUUCCAAGCUCAACAAGUACUUGGUGAACCUUUCCAACACGAAGGUUGGUUUGGGCUUUGACUUUGUGGGUACGGUCAUUCGCCCUGGAUCCAAGCUUGAAGGCUCGGAAUUUACCCCAGGGACAACCGUCUUUGGUGUUGUCAACCCAGAAGAGCGGAAAGGCUCCUUGCUGUCGGCCCUUGUUGUAACCCCAGGAAGAGACAUUUUGAUUGCAGUUCAUGACGAAGUGCUCACAAAGUUGGAGGCUUUGAACGUCAAUCUCUCAUUUGACCCAACAUCUUUUGCCAUUGGUACCGAGGCGGAAGAUCAUGAUGGAAGCUCCUCAGACCUCUUUCUGUCGAAUUCGGAUCUUCCCCAAGUGGCAGCCAACGUUGCUAAGAGGGCUGAUCCCAAAAAUGAUCUGCAAUUGAAAGCGGAUGUUCCAGACUUGGCAAAAUUGUCUGUGUUUGGCAGCUCAUAUUGUAGAGCAAAACUGGCUCUCCUGGUAAUGGAUCAGGUAUUUGCUCGUAAUGCGUCCGCUAAUGUUCUCAUCAAUGGUGGUGACACUCAAUUGGGUUACACCAUUUUGCAGAUGUUGUUUUCAAGUGUCUACACCGAUGUGCUUGAGACGCUCAAUGUGUUUUUGGUUGUCAAGGAGAGCUCGCUCUCGAAAGUGAAAAAUCUCGCCGAGAGAUUUAGUAAUGGGGGGUCUCACAAGGUGCACGUUAUUUCAUAUGACUUGGUGAAUGAAGACCUCGUACUCCCGGGCGAGAAAACACCAAUCAACUACAAGAAGGUUCCAUUCUUUGCCUCCGAGAUAGUGGAGAAGAUGUUUGAAGCUCUUCCCCCAGAUGCAUCAAUAGACACAUCCAACAUCAAUAAGUGCAAACUUGACUUGUUCAUUGAUAUUGUUGGCAGCAAGAAGAUGUUCCAGGGAUCAAUGUCUAUGGGAUCGCUCGACGAGGUGAACUUCCCAUUCAAGAAGAAGAUGGCGCCUGGCGUUCAAUUGACUACAUUAUUUGGCAAAUCCAAGGGUCCACUUUUUGAAAAGCUUUUGAAACCAAAAGCAGAAGGAUGCUCGUUUAUCUCCUUCUGUAAGUUUAACUUACCCGAACCAUCGUACCUGAUCAGUAAACUUGUGGAUUUCACGGGCGCUGAUGUAUUUAAUCCCUGGGCUCUGAAGUGGCUGCAGGCGUUGGCAAACCAAUUUGUUGCCAAGUACAGCUAUUAUGAAAAGUUCGACUUGGAAGUAAAGAAGAGCUGGGUCGAAGAGGGCUUAAGACUCUUGUUGAAGGGCGAAUUGAGGUUUCCAAUCAAAGAGGUUUCAGACUGGAGAAACCGCUUCAAGCAGCAUGUCAACGAAUUGAAGCAUCACGACGGACAGAUCGUGUUUGAGAUUGAAAAUUUCUAG